CAUGCGCACGCGCACACUGGGUUCCACAAGGUUCCACGAGCCUCGAAGGCCCCACUCUCAGAGAGUCCGGCGGCGCCAGAGGUUCCGGAAGGUUCGGGGCUCACCUCACAGGCGGGCAGCGUGGAAGUUAAUUGGCAGAAGGGCCAGGCACCACGGAAACGAUGAUUCUCUUUGCUUUGCUCCUGGUCACGGGCCUGCCGCGGGUGGAGACAAACGUCACCGUGUCUGGAAAACAAGCUGCAACCCUGAAGUGUCACGUCUGCGAGAUAGAGAAUAGUUUCGGUUGCACAAAUCCAUCAAAAUGUCCUAGGGAUUUUCACUUUUGUACUUCCGUUGCCGUGAGAAUCUAUCCGCGUUUCUUCUAUGUUUCGAAGCAGUGCUCCAGGUAUUGUCCAGUAAGUGCUCCGUUUGCUCCGGGACUCAAGUCCUUUGUCCUCGUCGAGCCUAUGCCCUUCCUGUACGCGCACUGCUGUUCGGAGUUCUUGUGCAAUACGCAGGAGCCGAACGUCCGCGAGCCGGAAUUCAGAGAAGGCGGACGAGCAAGCCGCUUGAGGAGCAGCGGGGCCUGGCUGGCCGCCUUCCUGACUCUGUCCUCUGUGUGAGGGGCCUCGGGCGGUGCCUUGGGAGCGUGGCACCGAUGACCCGGACUCGCCGCAGGUGCUGGGAACCUCAGCAUUAAACCCGUUUUCCGCUGGUUAA